UGUUGUCAAAAUGGCGUCCUUGGUAGCUGACUACUCGGAUAGUGAAAGUGAAGAGGACAAGACGCCAAUAGAGACAAGCGCUUUUAAUGAAACUGAGACAGGUGUUAUUAAUGAAUCAGAAGUAAAGUAUGUCUAAGUUAUUCCAUUGCUGAUUGCUCCAGCUCAUACUUAAAAACAAAUAUUUAUAUUAUUAUGAAGUUGUUUAAAUUGUUAUGAAGUUGUUGCACACGAUGACAAUGACUUGAUACCAUCUUAUCGUCCAAGCCAUAACAAGACCUUUUCUGUUAUUAAAAAUACUACAAACUACAGGUUGAUCUUCCAUUUCCAUUAAAAAGAACUUUUUUUUUUUUUUUUUUUAAAUAUAGGAAUAAGGCAAAUAGAUUUAGAUGAAAGACAGUCCAGAUAUUUCAGAUAGUAUAGAGUAUAGAUACUUUGGUCAAAAAUGUAAACAUUUUGUAAAAAUAAACCAAUGGCACAGUUGAAUAGAGCUAAUUUUUUACAGAAUUAUAACACCAAAAUCAUAUUUUUGGCUGUUGUAGUUUUAAAGUUAUGAAUUUUUAAAGUACGACUUGGUUUGUCCUUUUUUAACAUGGACUGCAUCUCCACAUUCUGUGACCUCAUUCCGCUGAUCGCGUCAUGCGCAAUGACUAUAUAGUUUAUAUAAGGCAACGCAUUCCCUUAUCACUAAAAUACUGUUUAGGGUCGACUUAUUUUAAACUUUCAACUUUGGCACAUGAAUAAUUAAUAAAAGCUUUCCCUGACCAAUGGUUAAUAGCUUUUGCACACGGCAAACUCUUAUGAAUGAAACUCUGAGAUAGUACUACGAUAUAGCCGUUAUGCAAGUGGCUGUGAAUGGUUGCCAAUGUGCAACGUGUUGUACAGGGAAAAUUCUGAUCAUUUAUAAUAUGGACUAUGCAGGGUUUUUAAAGCUCAAAUUAAAACUUUCCAGUUUAAAUGUCUUCAAAAUGCAUUCUGAAACACAAAAUAUAAAAUAUUUUGAUGUAUAUAGUGGUAAUAAUUAAAUAUUUAAGUAUCAGCAACUUCCGCCAUUAAAAAGGGGGCGUGGCCCACGCCAUGUCGAAAUUAGGCUGAGCCACCUUAUGGUGAUAAUGGGUCACUGUGACAAGCGUAACAAACGUGAGACACGACCUACAUCAAUGAAACUUGGCACAGAUAUAUAUCAAUAUCUAAUGCUCAUACAGAUUUAAUCAAAAAGGACCUUAUCUUAUUUUUUCACAAAAAAUUUGGAUACGAAGAUGCCUUAUAUAUACCAAAGAUUUUCAAAAUAAAGGUCGAUUGAAAAAAGCAAAAUAGCUGGCUAGAAAUGUAGGCCAAGGUGUCUUCCAAAUUAUAAGGCCGGAAACGGAACUCAAAUAUAUGUGGAAAGAACUAAUUUAAUAAUAAAUAGACACACACAUCGGAAAAUUAAAAACUCGGAUUUUUCGGCGCCGACACCCAUUUCCGACACAAAAAGAAAUAGUAGUCUCCCUUGUUUCAUCGAAGUAUCUACAGAUAGGCCUAAAUUAUUGUUUAUAACAAUUAAAAUUAAUGAUUGGUUUAACUGGAAUAAAUUUUGAAGCAAUAUUUCAAAUCACUGGUGUGAUAACUUCCUCUUAGGCCUAGGCCUAGGUUCACUUUGGACUCUAUAAAUUAGUGAUUGAAUCAGAAAAUCAGAUCUAACACAACAAUUGAAUGACAAUCUUAAAGGUAAGUUAAGGUCUUGAAACUACUCGGUGCAAAAAACUUGUUCUACAACUUGGCGUAUGGCUGCAUGAUAUCUUUGAAAAAUUGUAUACUACGUCACAUUUGUCUUAAGUAAUUGCUUUUCUCAUUAGUCAUCAGUGACUUAUCAGUUUUUGUGUUUGUGAUUCUAUGAAAUUUAUCCUCCAAGAUUUUUUGUGUGUCAUGGACUUGGGUCUUCGAAAGUCUCACACGCACACUGUCUGCGCAUACCGAAAAACGACGCAAAAACUGUUGUGGCCAUUUUACAUUCAGCUCAGGGAGGACUUCGUUGUUUUACGUCACAGUUUUCUAAUAAUAAAUUGUUUUGUCAUCAGUGACGUAGAGCGCAUAUUUUUCCAAACACGGUGAUAUUAUUUUUACAGCACAGACUUUUAGUCUUAAACUUUGUCUAGUGCUAUAACAUAGGCUAAAUUAUAUAAUUAGAAUCAGAUAAUUGUAAAAUUAUUUACAUAACAGUCUUGUUUAAAAUUAGGUUAUAUAUAUUUUAGCCUAUAUAUAAAAGUUUUAUUAAAAGAAAUCAAAUAAAUAAAAACAAGACUCAAACAACAUCAUCACAGUAAUUAUAUUUUCAUUAAGGCAUAGAAAAGCAGUUUACAUAGACAAUUAUUUAAUAUAUCAAAUAACAUUAAAAAUUUAAAAAUAUUUAAACCACACCAAAGUUGAAAAAGAAAGAAGAAAUUGUGUAGAUUUAGGAUUAUGAUUAGAUCUAGAUGUUAUUUCUAAGCUUCUUUCAGGUACAAGUACAAGAGAAAAUUUUAAUUUUCUAUGGAAGAUCUUUGUGGAAUUCCUUCCACUUCCAUCAACCGUAAGGGAUUCAUCAACAAGACCAAGUAACCUGAAGAGCAGUCUUAGUAGAAAAUGACAUGCAGAACAUCCCCAUUACUUUUUAAAAUUUAAUCAUGUGGUACUUUGCUGGUAUUAAUCUUAUGGGUGAUUUUAGUAGUUUUUAUUUAAAAUCUCAUACAUAAUUUUAAAAAAAAUUUUUUAGAAAGAAUUUUACUUAUCUUUUAUAAAUCUAAGAAUUGAUUUGAAAUUGAUCUGAAGCGUAUAAUAUGAAUUAAAAAACAAUAAGCAUGUUGUUUUUUUGUAUUUACCUUUACAAAAAAAUAAUUUUUUUCCAAUUUUUCUGUUCAUGUUUUUCUUAAAAUACCCUCAAAUAAAAUUAUUCAAAAUACAAAGUCUUGAUGUUAUGUAAUAGUUUUAUUGUUCAUUGUGUUGUAUAUUGCAUUGAGAAUUUAUUCUGAACAUUUGGUAGCAAUUAUCUUUUAAAAUAAAAAAAAGAUGUGGGCAAAAUAAGGCAGAAAUUUGGAAAGUCAAUCACAAGUUUUCAAUGUUAAAUCUAAAGAUAAAAAGGGGGUUUAAAACAUUCACCGAAAAAAAUCAUGACUUCAUUUCUAUUAAAAGAUAUAAAGAUGAAAUUUGCGUUUUUGCAAAGCUUAUAGCCAGCCCUUUAAAAUGAUUAUCAUUUAUUGCAAUAGGACAUUAUUUAAAAUUUCUGUCACAGUACCUACUUAUUAAGGUCUUAAAUUUAAAUCAAUCAAACACUACUGACUGCCAUACUUCUACUACACUGCCACUGCUGACCAAAUGCAGAGCUGUCACUGGCCCUGAUAGGCCUGUGGGUGCAGAGGCAUCAGAGAUUUAAGGUGCCAAAAAGAAAAAAAAUUUAACCUCUUAAUAAUUAACUUUGAAUACUAGGGGAACAAAACCAAAUAUUGUCAAGGGCUCUUUUUCAAACGUCAUGUGACAGCUGACUAAAUGUGUUUAUAAAUUAAAUAGCCUACUAACAGUAUUUAAGUAAUAGAUAGGCCUAGACAAUUAAUCAAUUAGGGUUUCAUCAACAUAUCUGUGCAAAUGAAUAAUUUUUUUUAGUGGCUUCCACAACAGGUUGCAAGUGCACACACACACACGUGGGUGAAGGUGUAUUUAGCAGCAUGGGUUUGAAAAGAGUUGUCUUAUCCUAAGCAUAGUGAAUCCCAAAACUCAACUUAGAAGUGAAUAGACCAAUAGUUGGACCUGAACGCUAUUCGUUUCACAAACCUAAAUCUGAUGAUCAAUAAAGUCUACAUGAAAUAUAAUAGAAUGAAAUAGUCCAUCCUUUGCUAUAAAAUUCAAAUUACUAGGUUCAAAAGCAACUGAUCCUUGCUGAUACGCCAAAAUGACCAUAAGCAAAAAAGAUGUGCAUGGUUAAAAUGCUGUCUUUUGUUUAGUUAAGAAUUAAAUCGUUUGUGAUUCCUUACCACUUGUAGUCCCAGUAUGCCAUUCAUUAGAAUCCUAUGGCCAUUUCCACAUAAGACCCCCCCUUCCCCCUCCUUCAAUACACAAAUAAAAGAUGAAAGAAAACAAGUGUUGUUGGGCAAAAGAAACUUGCUUUGGUAUCAAAUAAGUAAAGGGCUCAAAAUUCAAAUCUUUUGAAUAGGAAGUGAACAUGUGAAACACCAUGACAUACAUACAAUAGAAGACAUCGACAGCCAUACUGUUAAAUAUAACAUAACCCACUCAUGCAAAGCAUGGACUUGUUGGGAACAUUGCUUAUUGCAUAAACUAAGAAUAAAGUCACUUCUUAAUAAUGCCACUGACCAUCAAUCUUGUUUCAGAAUUAAAGAAGAACCCCAGGAGGUUGACCAGAAGAAGGCAACAAAUUUUUUUGAAACCACUGAAGAUGACAGUGAUGAAGACAUUAAUGAUAAGAAACCUUUAACCACUGUCAAGUCAGAGGCAACAGAGAAAUUACCUAACCCACUGCUAUCUCAAAAGCUUCCAAGUAUUAUUGAAGCAACCACUUCAAGAAUAGGAACUUCUGUGUUUGUCAAUCCUUUUGAAGAAGCAGAGCAGGCUAAGAAUCUGAUUCUUGAGAAGCAUGUUAAACUGACCCAAGCAGCACCCAAAAAACCAGCUCAUCAACCAGUUUGCUGGAAAUUCAAGAAGGGAAAAUGUCAUAUGGGGAAAAACUGCAGAUUCUUCCAUGACUUAGAAAACAGAACUCUGGAGGAAAACAAUGACUCCAAUCAAGAAAUAAAUGCAAAUGAUCAUGGUCAACAAAGGCAAAUGUAUCAUCCGGCAGCUUACACUGAUGCUCGCCGCAGGCCAAUGGAGCAGGAGCCAGAGGAUGAUGAUAAUUAUAUGGCGAGUAUGAAAAAGAAGAAACGAUACGGAGUUUCAGAUAAUCUCAUGCCACCGAAAAAAGCAUUUGAGUCUUUGCAGCGGCAACGUGAAAAAGAACGACCUUGGACCCUGGGAGAUUCCCAUUUGCAUUAGGGCCUAGCAAUAAUAAGGCCUGGUUUAAAAUAGAAAUGUAUAUUUUAUUGACCUUUCUUUAUCACCUUGGUGUUCAUCGGUGAGCUAAGGAGGAGAAAAGCUGGAUUAUAUUCCAUAAUUUUUAAUCAAGCUUCAUAUAACAGAUUCUUAACAUUUGCAAUAUUAGCAUAGCAAAAGAUUUUUUAUUUUUUUGUUUGUUUCAAGAAUGUCCCACAAAAGAUUUAUUUACUCUGUAAUACAUUUAUAGCGGUGUAUAUUUUAAAGUUUUGAAAUAUGUUUGGGUUGAUUGUUAUGACAAGGUAUGCAAUUUUCUAUGACAGAUAUAGAAAUAAUUUUAAAAUCUUAAAUUUUUAAAUAGUAUCUAUGCACAACAUCAUAACAUUAUGUUGCAAUUAUUCCAAAUGAAAGUCUAUUCUGUUUCAAAUUUAGUAAAAUUUUUAUAUUUGUGCAGAAGUUAAAACCAUUUUUUUUUUUUUAAAUGAAAAGCAAUUAUAAUGCAUUUUUGUUUUAAAUCAUAAUUCAUGUUAACAAUUUGUAUGAUAAAUGUAUUAAAAGCUAUGUGUUUGUUUACGGGACAACAUUAAACUUUAAUAAUUUUUAAAUGAUAUUGUUUUAAAUUUUAAAUAGUUUAUUAUGGCAAUACGGAUCAGGUAAAAUGUUUAAAAUUUAUUAUGAAAGACCCUUUUAUAUAAAGUAAAUUCCACUUGUUUCAUCAAUUUUAUUUUAAAAAAAGAAUUGAGUGUUUGACACUGAUAAAAAUCCAGAAAUGAAUUUAAGAGAUACUUUUUUAUUCAUACAUUUAAAAAAAAGUUAUUUACUGAAUGUCAAGUUUGUUGAUAGAAUUUAUUUCUAUUGGGCUAGUUGAAAAGUAAACUAUAAUUUGAGCGAGCUCUUUUUUCGAAGUAUUGUUAUUUUAAUUCAUAUUGUUAAAUUAUAUAAGUACAUAAAAACAAUUAAUUUCAAUUUUUCAAUCAGUGGUUCAAAAUAAUGUGUCAAACAUUAACCUUUUUUUUAUGCUGGUGAGCAUAAUUAACCCAGUGAAGGUUAACCUUAAUAUAAUUUUUAACUCAAAAUGAUUUAAAAUUGUUGUUGUUUUUUUUGUAGAACUUAGAAAAUUAUCUGCCAUUUGAAUUGAAAUCAUUCUCAAGCUUGCUUUUUUUUCUAUCUUUAAAAAAAAGUUUACACAGACUCUAAGGGUUUUGUACAUAAUCUCUGACCACCAGCUCCAAGUGUUGAUGUUUAGCCAACCUGUGUAUUUAUUAUAUACCUGUAUCUAAUGAGAUAACGUUAUGGAGAACCCCCCCCCCCCCCCGGUCACUUUUUUAAACCAAUUACUCGCCCUCUUAGAGAUACCUUGGCCUUUUAAACAGUUUAACGAGUGCAGAGUAGACAUAUGGGAAAAGUUAACUCUUUUGAUCCUACAAUUACCCUGCUAGAGGGAACUUUAUUACCUUCUGUGCCACACCACAAGUAGCAGACACGCAACUGUUCAGAAUUUACUUUGUAAUGAUGAUGCAUCAUUUGAUUGUGGAAAUUCCUAAUAAUUCAAUAAGUUUUACAUAGUGCAGAACAAAUUAUAUUUGUCUCAGACUUAAAAGUGCCUAGUAGAGCUUGCUUAAAAUUAAGACCUUCUGUGUACACUUGUUUUGUUAUUCCAAAGAUGGAGAUUGUAAUUAAAACCUUUCUUCAUCAUAAAAAAUUAGUACAACAUUUGUAUUUUUUCAGCUAAUUUUUAAAUUCCAUUAAAAAAAAAAAAGAAAAUCAAAAUGAAAGAAAGCAACCUCUUAUUCUGGCCCUUGGAAUU